GAGAGAGCUUCGCGAGAGCCGGACAACGAGGAGGCGCCUCGCCAGAUGACUCCGGAGGAGGAGCAGCUUCUCGAAAAGCUCUUCGUCCGCCCUGAGGACUUAGAAGAGGCCUAUGACGCCUCACCGGAAGAGCCGCCAGCGCCGGCGGAUGAGGAACGAGAAGACCCACACACGGUCCGAAUUCGCAAGACUGUGGAGUUUUGUCCCGAUGGCGCUCUCGCCUGGGAGAUUCUACAAGAGAUUGUUGAGUCGGGCGAGCGACCCAGUGUCGAGGCUUACGACAUCGUUAUCGAGGCCUUUGCCCGGCACGGUGCUACAGACGAUGCCUUGGCUGUAUUCAAGGCCGUGAAGGAAGCCGGUCUACAGCCAACAGAUCAGAGUUACGACUGGCUCGCGACGCCUGCAUCCAGAAGUGGUGAGUACAGGUUCGUCGAGAUGCUAUUCGCUGCCAAGGCGAGCACGAAGGCCGAUGGGCAGAUAGGGUCGCGCGCCCUCAAGCUGCUUCUCGAUGCGUACGCGAAUGGCCUCCCGCGGCAAGCCAACAAGGCACAGUCCGCUUUUCGGGGGGCCAUGGCGGCUGCGGAGGCGGCGAAUCAGAAGCCCUCAGAUGCAGCUUCAGGAGAGGUUUUAAAGGCACUUCGAAGGGCCGUCGGUCCGACCGUCUUCCGAGAACUUCAAGCCGAGUAUGGCCUGGAGCUCGAUGAAAUCGCCUGA